CGGACAAUAGAUUUAGCCUUACAAGGAUUCAUCACAUAUUCGAAUAACAUAUUACAUCGCUUUUAGCAGACUUUUCAUACAAACAUGGUAUACACAAAAACUGUCGCUAAAGUCAUUCUGGUGUGUGCUUUAUUUGGCUGUUUAGCGUGCGGUCGUUCUGUGGAAGGAAAACUCAAAAGAUUACGACGCCAAGCAGGAGAUGUGAAAACAGCAGAAUACUUAGCGCGGUUGGCGUUAGAGAGGAGACCAAUGGGCUGUACUAUAGUAGGAUGUGGACUUAUAGAUGUCGUACAAAGUGGCAAAAAGAGGGACGGAAGAACAUUACCGUCGUAUCAGGGGCCAAUAGAUGACGAAACGAGAGCAAAGAUGAUCACAAUGUUAUUAACAGGUGGCGCUCAAACGAGGAGGAAAUAGAGUGGAAAGGUAGUUGCUGUUUAUGGUUCAGUAAGUGGACCGUUCAUUAAGGGCCGUUCUACAAAAGUGCCCUUAUUUGGAGAUGCAGAAUUGAAGACUAUAUACAGGGCAGGAGUGACAACCAUUUGGAAUUCGUCAAAUUUUCCUGUGUGAAAUCUUUAUUUACGUAACAAUAAAAUUUAAAGAUAAUGAAGGAUAAAGUAUUAAUCCAUCAAGGAAAUGCUUUUAAAAAAUCUCGGAUAUAAAACUGUCGAACAAUAAAUAAGUUAAGAACUACAUAGAAAGCUCUCCCCCUUAAA